AUGUCCUUCACAGCCCACGCAGACGACAACGUCGACGCCCACAACGAGCUGCUCUCUGGCGGUCACGGGAGUCUAAACCCGGCGUGGAUCGAAACGGUGAAAACCGCUCCGAUUUUUACCUCGCUGGCAGGAAAGGAGAUUGACCUCGACGACGAGCUCCCCGGAUACCAAGAGUUCGCGCUGCUCGGCCGGCAGGUGGAGGUUUUGGACCCCGAGGCGGGAAGAACUACGCCGCACGAUGUGGCUUUGGAUGGGAGGUUGUUUUUGAAUGGGAAUGCUCCGUUGUCUGCAUUCAUCUGCGGCGUGCAAGGCUCGGGCAAGAGCAAUACUCUUUCGUGCAUGCUGGAGAACUUCCUGCUCUCUGACCCCUCCAUCGGCGAGCUGCCUGCUCCAUUGACAGGCCUCGUCUUCCACUACGACAAACACUUACAAAAGCCGUGCGAGGCAGCGUAUCUAGCCUCACGGAUCCCCGUGACGGUCCUCGUCGCGCCCUCCUCAUUCACGCGGGCGACAAAGCUGUACCCCUUGAUCCCAGGCGCCAAUGAGCGGCUCACGAUCCGGCCGCUGCGGUUCCGUGAGAGUGAUCUGGACGUGACGCGGAUGCUCACGCUGAUGGCGGUGGACCUUUCUGACGAUAAGCCGCCGCUGUACAUGGAAGUCGUCAGGAAGAUUCUAAGGGCUAUGGCUAAUACCGCCACGGGAUUUAAUUAUAAAUCUUUCAAACUGUUGCUCAAAAAUGUCGAUUUGACACCGCAGCAGCGAUCCCCGUUGAAUCUGAGGCUCGAGAUUUUGGAGAGCUUCAUGGCGACCAAUGCGGCGGAGAAGCAGGUCGACUUGUGGUCCGUCACGCCGGGACAUCUGACUAUCAUUGAUCUGAGUGAUCCUUUUGUGGAUGAAUCCACGGCGUGUUCACUAUUCGAUAUUUGCCUGCACCUCUUCCUCGACCGCCCGGUCACCACCGGCAAAGUCAUAGCAGUGGAUGAAGCCCACAAGUACAUGCUAGGCAGCGCCUCCGCGCAGCGAUUUACGGACACGCUCUUGAGCACCAUCCGGCUGCAGCGGCACUUAGGGACACGGGUGGUGAUAUCUACGCAGGAGCCUACAAUCUCGUCGAAGCUUUUGGAUCUCUGCAGCUUCACCAUCGUCCACCGCUUUUCGUCGCCCGAGUGGCUUUCGUUCCUAAAGGCUCACAUCGCCGCCGCAGAACAGGACGGAAGGGCCGGCGGUGGCGGCUUGAUGACCCGCGUGGUCGGACUGGACUGCGGUGAGGCAUUCGUCUUUGCGCCCAGUGGGCUCGUGGCCGCAAAGGAAGUGGCGGUAAAGCCCCCUGCUGGCGGGAAUAGUGAAGGUGUGCGUGAGGAGAUGGUGGCGGACGAGAUGUUUUGGGGAAAGGUGCGGCCUACGCUUCAGGACUUGACGGAAAAGUUGGGCGACAUGAAGGUCUCUGGCAUCGCCGGCUGCGGGAAGGCAAAGAUAGAGAAGAUAGGCGUUCGCUACAUGAGGGUGAGGAUCAGGAAGAGGGUCACGGAGGAUGGCGGGAGGAGCUUGUUGGCUAUGGAUUAGCUGGGCGGUGCGGGUGGACGGGUGACAGGGGGUGACUAACGAGAAUAUAUAUUGGGUCUUACAAGUGUGUCUGCUCUGGAGUG